AUGUCCAAAACUGAUGCAAUAAUUAGGGAAUCUUUCCUAUUAAUAGAUAAAGAUUUUGAUGGUUCUAUAUCGCUUAAUGAAUUGAUGUAUGCCUUAAGGUUCAUUGGAGUUCCAUUCGAUUAUUCUAUGAUAGAAGAAAAAAACAAUAUGAAAUAUUCAUUAGGAGAAUAUGUUCAAAUUGCGAAGAAACAUUUAGGGACACUAACUCCAGAAGAGCAAUUUAUAAAUACUAUAAAAAAAUUUGAUAAAAAAAACGAUGGUACUUUGGCAAUAGAUACAACGAUUCAUUUAGUUAUGACAAUGAGUGACAUUUUAUGUGAUGAAGAUUUGAUAAAUUUCAAGAAAUUUAUUGAUCCAUAUGAUAAAAAGAUGAUACCUAUGGAAGAGUUUGCAAAUAAAGUAUUUUCUCAAAACUAA